AUGUAGUAGUUGGAAUUAAAAAGAAAAUUAUCUAAAUAAGUAAUAGACAAUUUAAAAUAAAAGAAUUAGCUUUUUAGACAAGUAGUAGUAGAAGGCUAUGACCCUCUUCUUAUACCUGGCGAUAUUAGCAAGGCAGAAAUGCAUAGAGGAGCAUCUAAAAUAGGUAGAGAAGCUUAAGUUAACGAAAUUGGAAUAGUAGAAAAUUUAUAGAUAUGCUAAUGCUGUGGUUAGUUUGUUUAAAAAGAGCAUUUGAGUAUUAAGCAUGAUAUAUUAUAGCUAUCUUUUUUAGGAUCUGGUUAUCCUAUGUACUUUGAAUUUCUAAAGUUUUGUAUUAUUUUAUAAACUAUUCUAUUCUUUUUAAAUGGGUUGUAUGGAUUACUUACUAAUGGAGCUUUUGGUACAGCAUGUUUAUCUUAAGAAGAAAUAAAUAAUCUCUCUCAUGAUAUUUAAAACGAUUAAUGUUACUGGAAUUGGAUUACCGUUGUCAGCUUAGGAAAUAAGUCAGAGUAGAAAGUUCUACUUUAAAUAUAAUCUUAUUUAAAUUUGAUAAGUAUCUUUAUUAUCAUUUUGCUAUUUUAGAAAUUUAGACUUAAGUAGCGCAAUAUUGAUAUUGAUUGCGAUGAAAAUGAUGUUUAAGCUAAUGACUACACUAUAUUGUGCUCAAACAUUCCAAAAAAAAUAGAAUAUAAUGGAGACCCUGAAAAAUUUGAUUAUCCAGAAAUUUUGAAGGAAUAUUUCUAAACUCAUCUAUUACCUGGUAAAGAAAUUGAGAUAUUUUAAGUAGGACUUUGCUUUGAUUGUGAUGAAAUCAUCUCAUAUAAGUUAAAGCUUGAUAGUUUAAAUAUAGAGAAAUAAAUACUUAUCUUGUAAGGAAAGGAUGUCUCUGAUUUGAAUAAUAAAAUUCUUGAUUUAUAAUAAAAGAAAAAAGCUAUGGAAUCUAUGUAUUGUGAGAGAUUAUCUCAAGAAUUUAUUGAAAAAAAUUUUACUGGCUAUGCUUAUAUAAUUUUUCAAAGAGAAUAAGACAAAGAAGAGGUUAUUCAGCAUUACCAUUAAAACUCUUAUAUAGAUUAAAUCAUACUGUAGUAAAAAAACAAUACUUUUAAGUAUUAUGGAUAAGAAAUAAGCAUUUAGUAGGCUCCAGAUCCAAAUAAUAUUCACUGGAAAAGUUUAAAAUAUUCUAGAGUUUAAAAGUUAACCCGAAGAGUUUUAUCUUUCGUAUUAACAGCAAUAUUGUUAGGUACAUCUCUUUCAAUAAUUAUGGGAUUAAACUUUGCAUAGAAUCAUGUUGAUGAUGAUAACAAACAUUAAGAAUACUCAGUAGGAGUUUCUUUGAUUUCAAUAGCUAUAUCAAUUUGUAUUUCAAUAUUGAACCCAAUAUUAAGGAAAAUAAUAGUCUAUUUGGCAAAAAAUUAAGGACUUUCAACAAGAACCUAAGUAUUUAUAUCUAUUGCUAUCAGGACAGCAUUAGCUUAAUUUUUAAUGUCAAGUAUUCUAUUAAUAUUAACACAGGUAUUAAUAGUUAAAAGUGGGAAUAUUUAUGGAAAGAUAUUUAGUAGAGGUGGUCUCGCUUUAAACAUAAAUACAGUAUUUUUGACAUAAAUGGUGAUUUCGAAUGGUAUGAAGUUAAUUCAUAUAGACUAUUUAAAAAAUUAUCUAGCAAUUAAGUUAAUUAAAAAGUAUUCUCAUAAACUAAAUCUUAUUUCUUAGUAGUAAUUGAAUAGCCUUUUUGAAUAUCCAGAAUUUGAAAUAGAGAUAGAAUAUGCAAGAAACUUAGAAACAGUUUAUUCUGUUUUAUUUUAUGCGCCUGUUUUUCCUUUGGUUUUAAUUUGGGGGAUCAUGACAAUUUUUUUAAGAUAUUGGAUUGAUAAAUAUAAUUUGAUGCAUAAAUCCACUGUCAAGUUUUAUCCAAGUUUAUAAUUGUGUUUAUAAAUUACUGAGUCUUUAGAGUAUUGCUUACCUUUAUAUAGUUUGUCUAAUAUGAUGGCCUUUAUUUAUAUAAGUGGUGGCUCUGUUGACUAAAUAUCAGUUUUUGGUUUUAUCAUAGGUUUGGUGCAUGCAUUUCUACCUAUGCAAACUUUAAAUGAAAGACUAUUCAAAACAAGAGAAAGAGUUCCUAACGAAUGCACUUAUGAAGAAGUUCGUGACUAUUUUAAUAUUGAUUAUGACAGAGAAAACCCAGUAAAAAAAGAUAUAUCUAUUGAAUAUCAUAUAUUUCGAGUAAAAUCGUAGGUUUCAAAUCUUUAGAAUACUAAAAAAGAUUUUUUCAAAAACACUUACUAAACUACCAAAUUUGAUAAAAAAUCAGACGAUUCUCCUAGAACUCCUGCUUUAAAUUAAGAAAAUCAAGAUAGCGAAAGCUUAAUGUUUAAAAAGAAACUUUAAGAAAAAAACAAAAUUAUAAUUCCUGGUAUAAGAGAUUACAUAAAAGCAACUUCUCGUGAAAAUAGUUUUGCAGCAAUGAAAAAAAACUAAUAAAUUAUUUUAGAUUUGAAAUAAAGUGGAGAACUUUAAAAUAGUUGUAAGAUAAAUUUAGAUGAUUAAUCUAGUAAAAAAAGCCCAGUUCAUAAAUAAAAUUUAACAAAUUAAGAAACUGAUAAUCUUUAAAGUAGUCCUUUAAAGAUUAAGCAAGAUGCUUAAACAGAUUUAAUAAUGAAUAGCUAGCCUCUGAGUGUUUAAAAUAAUAACUAAAUUUAAAUAAAUUUAGAAAUUAAUUGUGCAUAAGAAGUUGAUACUAUAAAAAAUGAUAAAGAGCUCUAUAAUACAUAUGAAAAUUCUACAAGCACAGCUACAUAAUUAUAUAAGUAAAACCACAAUUCUACAAAUUGUAAAAAGGUGAAAAAUCAUAUGAAUUUUUAAAAAAGUAAAAAAUAAUAUAAAUAUAUGAAUCAAGUAACUUUAGGAUAGUUAAAUAAUGAUGAUUUUGGAUUUAGCUCUCCUUCAUAAGAUUAGUCACCUCCUUAAAUUUAUAAUUAGUCCGAAACUGACUAUCUCAACGUUAUUGAAUUAAAUAAAGAUGAUACUCCUUUAAAUAGAAAUGGUGAAGAGAGCUAAGCAAAAUUGAAUAAAAAUGGAUCUGAAUUUUCUAAAGAAUAAAAAGAUGAAUUAUUUACAGAAAAGUUAAUUUAAAAUUCAAUUAAUGGAGUUAUAAAUUUAAAUGAAGAUGAAGAAAUAAGUACAAACGGUGUUAAUAGCAUAAAAUGA